CAGCCGCCUCCGCCGCGAUGAUCCCGCCCGAGCCUCCGCAGCAGCAGCUGCAGCCACCGCCUCCGGCCCCGCCGAACCAUGUGGUGACCACCAUCGAGAACCUGCCGGCCGAGGGCAGCGGCGGGAGCCUGUCCGCCUCUUCCCGGGCUGGGGUGCGCCAGAGGAUCCGCAAAGUGCUGAACAGGGAGAUGCUAAUCUCUGUGGCUCUGGGACAAGUGUUAUCCCUUCUGGUUUGUGGAAUUGGCUUGACCAGCAAGUACCUGGCAGAAGAUUUCCAUGCCAACACUCCAGUCUUCCAGAGUUUCCUCAACUACAUCCUUCUCUUCUUGGUCUAUACCACCACACUAGCUGUCAGACAAGGAGAAGAAAACCUCCUAGCAAUUUUGCGACGAAGAUGGUGGAGGUAUAUGAUUCUGGGACUAAUAGACUUGGAAGCUAAUUACCUGGUAGUCAAGGCUUACCAGUACACGACUCUGACCAGUGUCCAGCUCCUGGACUGUUUUGUGAUCCCAGUGGUGAUUUUGCUUUCCUGGUUCUUCCUGCUGAUCCGGUACAAGGCUGUGCAUUUCAUCGGCAUCGUUGUCUGCAUCCUGGGGAUGGGCUGCAUGGUAGGAGCUGAUGUGCUCGUGGGAAGGCACCAGGGAGCAGGGGAGAAUAAGCUGGUAGGGGACCUUCUGGUCUUAGGGGGAGCCACACUCUAUGGCAUCUCUAAUGUCUGGGAAGAAUAUAUCAUCCGAACCUUGAGCCGAGUGGAGUUCCUGGGAAUGAUUGGUCUCUUCGGUGCGUUUUUCAGUGGAAUUCAAUUAGCUAUCAUGGAGCACAAGGAGCUGUUAAAGGUGCCCUGGGACUGGCAGAUAGGACUUCUCUAUGUUGGCUUCAGUGCCUGCAUGUUUGGUCUCUACAGCUUUAUGCCAGUUGUCAUAAAGAAAACCAGUGCCACCUCGGUCAACCUUUCUCUGCUCACAGCAGAUCUGUACAGCCUGUUUUGUGGACUGUUUCUCUUUCACUACAAGUUUUCAGGACUUUAUCUCCUGUCUUUCUUCACCAUCCUCAUCGGGCUGGUGCUCUACUCCUCCACCUCCACGUACAUAGCCCAGGACCCCCGGGUGUACAAGCAGUUCCGCAAUCCUUCCGGACCUGUUGUGGACUUACCCAACACAGCUCAGGUGGAGCCUUCAGUCACCUACACCAGCCUGGGCCAGGAGACAGAAGAGGAGCCCCACGUGCGAGUGGCCUAGAGUGAGGCUUGCCCUGCCCACUGAGGACAACUCAGAGGCCAUGUGUUCACCCAUCAUCUCUGUAAUUGUACAUAGAGAAAGGUAUUUAGUAGGUGCAGUUACAUAGGUGAACUGCAAGGUAGCUAAUCCUUCAAAAGCUUGUAAAAGAAACAAGCUAAAGACCACCAGAGACACAGACUCCCUUCCACCUGACUUGGAGAGAUGCCUAGCUAGUGUGUAUCCUGACCAAAACUUGUACCCCCACAUUAAUUACUACGAAAAUUUUUGAAUCAAAAGCAAGUAUUAUUGUUACUAUGAUUUAUAUUAUUAUUGUUACUGUUAUUACACAGACUUUCAGGAGGUUUUGUUCUCCUCAUGGGAACUAUUGCCAGACCCACGUGUAGUCAACAUAAACCCCACUUUUCUAUGGCAAGCCACUUUUUAAGAAUCAUACUUUAUUUUCUUGCACAGACUGUGUGAGUGGUGCAUGCCACAGGACCUCCAUCCAUGAGAAGUUUCCUCAUCUAAUGACCUUGUGGCUAAUAGUUUCUUAUGUCGCCUGUUGGAUUGCCUGCUCAAUAAGGAUUUUGUGCUGUGACCCUUGUGGGGAGGGGCAACUGACCAUAUAAUUCUCUAUUCUAGGAAUAGAUUUAAAGCAAACACAUUAGCCUUUUUAUAUUUCAACCUCUGCUUACUCCAGGCCAUUGCCUUUUUGUUGGGCCACAUGACUCAGCUAAUUAAGCCCUGUGAUUACAGGAUAAGUACUGCUCCAUUUCUGUGGCUUACAGGAAAACUAGAAUUAAUAUCAUUUAUGUUUAGGAUUAUUUCUUUAAUUUUUUUUCUAUAUCCCUCUCCUCAAAAACUAGUUUUUCUUUUUUUUUUCUUCUAUAUUUUCUCAAUGAUCACUUGUAAAUUAAUCAAGGCACUAGAAAAGCCAUGGCCCUCUGCCUCUUAGUUUAUGAUACCUUUUAGGAGGUGUGCUAGCAUGGCCAUUAUCUUUAUUGUGGAGCACCACUGAUUACGCCACCUCUUAGCGUCAAGGUGCUGGGGAAGAGCAGUCUCUGUUGGUAGCUCAUUUGCUAUGGUUACUUAAUAGUGGUAAAGAUGUCAUCAUCUUUACCACUGGCAUUUUAUACACAUUGUCUGGCAUUUUGGUCACAUUUGAUAGUGAUACCCAUGAACCAGAAGAAUAUCAGGAUACAACAUUCAUACAGACACGGACUACUACGGUGUCCUGAUAAGGCUUGAUAUAUCACUAGUCUAAUCAAUUCUGAUGUCCUCAAAAGAGUCUUUUCCCCCUCAACAUGGAAAUUAAGAAAUACCACAGAGCUUUAUAAUUUGCAAUAGAUUUCACAUGUCAGUAUAGAAGUAUCCUUUAAUUUUGGAUGUCUUCAAUAUCAUUCAAAAGGAUCUUUUUUGAAGUUACAGGGUUUAUAUAAAUGUUUGUGAAAUUUGAGGCAAUUCAAAUCAACAUAUUUAAUUAAUAAAGCAAAACAGAACACCCAUGGGGUCUCAUAAAGUAAGGAUAGCCUGCAGAGUAGGGCCUGAAUAAGGUCUAAACUUGGCAGUCAAAAUAUCCACUAGCAUGCCUGUGACCUCCUCACCUGCCUUCUUCAGUGACGAUCCAUUAUGAUCUGCUUUGAUAAAUUCUUGGAACAAUACGUACUUAACAUAAAUAGUAUGCUUGAAAAAUGUGACUCACAGUUUUUAAAAUGUGCUUUCUUUGAAGUCAUAACUUAUUCUCUAAUAUAUUGUUUAGUCUUGUCCUCAGAACGGGAAGAAAACCUUUCUCUGUUAUGAAGAUUUCCCGGUCAGUUUAGGUCCCUUAGAAACAGUUUUCAUUUUAUGGGGCGCAGGGUGGUGGGAGGGGAGUUCUCAUUAAAGCUACAUCACAUCCUGGCGACCUUACCAACAUCUGUCUUCUCUCUGCUACCUUUUAAGCCAAUUAAAUACCUUUCUCUGAAUAUUUUGUCCAUUCAGAUCCGAAGACCUUUAAAGACUGUGGUUUUAUUUUUGUGUUUACAUUCCUUUGGUUUGCAUAAUUAGCUUGAUUUAUUGCAUUUUUACUAUUUAUUUUAAGCCAAAUGUUGUUGUCUUUUUGAUUCAUUUUUAUGACACUCUUGUGUAAACACUCAGUAAACUCUUACAGGAAAUAAGUCGCUGAAAUUAUUUGCAAGUCCACUCAGUGGGCUAGGAAUAUUUUUUAAAUUUCAAGGUUUGAAUUAGCCAAUGGCUGCCAUCUGAACUGUUUUAUAGGAUGUUUUAAUUGACUCCAUUGUAUAGAAAUCAAGUGUGAAUGUCAAGAUGAACUCACUGUAUACUCUUGGUCAUCCAAUGCCCUUGUAACCAUUCUUUUGUAUCACUGAGUUACCUCACCUGUGUUGGUUUGUCUCUAGAAAGGCUGGAAACAUUGACUUGUCCAAGAUCAGGAGUUCAGAUUGACCCUUAAGGAAAAAACAGAAAGUAGCAAAGAAAUGUUUUCCUCAGUAUGAAAACACUGAUCAUUUGAGAGUGGGGUGGGAAGUGGGAUCAGAGCAAUAUUAACUGUAGCAGUUUUCGUUUCUGAGAUUUCAUAACCUCAGUAGACACCAGCAAGAAUUUCAGCAUUUCAAUCCACCGCCAUUCUCUCAAUGAAUGAGAACAGUAAUUUGUAUAAAAUUCAAUGAAGAGCAAAUCAGAGUGCUCUGGAACCUGCAGAGGUAAGAGGUGGCUCUCGUUUCCUUGAUGGAAAUCUGCACUGGGGACAGAGCUUGCCUUGGUCAUACCUCCCCACAGCUUCAAACACAUAUCCAGGUAGACCAAGCAAUGGAAAACUUUGUACCACUGUGUCCCAUGAAAAUGUUUCAAUGUUUAGUUUAGAUAUUGCUAACUUGUGCUAUUAACCUUUUGACAAGCUUAUAGUAUUGUUUGUUUGGGAUUUAUUUUUGAUUUGUAACCAUUUAGUAGUCCCUAGCUAGUUAUCAGUACAGAUUUUACCCCAUGGGUAGGAGUCUAUCUUCACACCACAUAACAAAGCACACUAAUCCUAAUCCCACAAAUGGAAAAUAUGAACCAAAAGAGAAAUUUACACUGAUGAGUUGAACAAACUAUCCAUUUUUGAUAUUUGCAUGCUCCCCUAUGGACUGGCUGUGGCAAUGUAAUGCCUGCAUAAUGUUUUCAAAUAAAAAUAAAUGCUUUAUGAAA